CCAACUUGUAGUGCAGCAAUGAUUUCGUCCAUGCGUACCAAAGCGCAUCUCGUCUUGUUGGCACUUCACUACGUCGCCGGUCUAACAGCUGCGCCAGCCAUGACCACCAACGUGUGUGCGUCUCCUGCGUUUGCUGCGGCCCCCGUCAUUGCAAUGGGCCGUACGCCAGCAUCCAUCAAGGUGCUUGUUCAAGGCGAGUAUGUCUGCUUCCAGUUCAACAUCUCGGACGACACGGUGCAGUGGGGGUCACUGGCCAUUGCGUCGACGCCCAAAAUGGUCGGCGACACACCGUACAACGUUGUGAUUUUGGAUGUCGCGGCACCUCCCGCGCUGCUCUACACCAUGAAGGGCGGCGGCCUCCAAGACACGACAGUCAAUGCCGACCAAUCGCCAAUCAACGUGACGCAGUCGACGCACAUCAACGGCGUGCUCUCCUUUACAUUUCAGCGGCGGCUUGCAGCCGUUGUCGACUCGGACGUGGCCAUUGACCCGAGCGGCGUCACGACAUUAACAUGGUCGUACGACACCAAGUCAUUCCCAUCCGACCACAAGGCCAGCGGUGCGCUUCAGCUGACGCUCAACGCGGCGCACAAUGUCAAUGCACCGCUCAACACACUCUACACGGCGGUCAUUGCAGCUGGUGUCUUUGGCGUCAUGUUGGCGCUUGGUAUUGUCGCCACGUACUUGGGUCGUUUCCGCCUCAUCAACUACACAACGUUGUGCGCUCCGCCCAAAUCCGACAAAGGUCUUGCGCCACUGGUGCAGAUUCUCGCCGACCUCAAGAUCGGAGAAGGCAUUAUCGUGCUGCUCUUUCUCGGUGCGCUCGUCGGUGCCAGUCUCUAUCUCCAGACGCCAACGCCGAUUCUCAACUACGCUCGCUUUGCGUUCAUCUCGGGCCACCUCUCGUUACUGAGCCUGAUGUUUUCGCUCAUUCCAAUUGCGCGCGGACCGCACUGGCAACAUUUAUUUGGCUCGUCCCAUGACCGCGUACUGAAAUUCCAUCGUGCGAGCUCGUGGCUGUUUGUGCUCUUUGGCCUCGUGCACCUGGUGCUGUACAUUCCAGCGACGAGUCCCGUGAGCACUCAAGUGUAUGGGCAGUCCGCCGUGUGGCCCAUCGCCGCGCCGUCAUUCGCUACGCGAUGA